AUGUAUCUUUCUUUAGCAAAAAACAGGAACAAUUUGUACGUUCUCAAAUCCACAAAGGCAGAAAAAAUACUAAUAUCAGGAAAAACAGCAAUAGGUGCUCGUCUGAGAUUGAAAAAUGGCAAAACAUUGGACGUAAAAGCUUCAAAAGAGGUGAUUUUGUCAGCUGGUAGUAUUGCAACUCCACAAAUAUUGAUGCUUUCUGAAAUUGGCCCACGAGAUCAUCUUGAGGACAUUGGGAUUGAAACUUUAGUUGAUUUGCCAGUGAGAAAGCAUUUAGAAGAUCAUAUGAUCAGUUAUGGAGUGCCAAUGACUUAUGUCAAUAAAACAGGUCCAUCUGUGAAGCCUAACUGUAUUUUGGACGAAGCUUAUAAAUUUUUAAUUGACAGAAGUGGUGCUUUAUCAUCGACUGGUGGAUCUGAUUUAAUGAGUUUUUUAAACGUGCACGAUCCAACAUCAAAGUACCCAGAUAUGCAAUUUCAUCACUUUCAUAUUAAAAAGGGACAAAAAUUCCACAUGGAAAUUAUAAUUAAUGCGUUCCACAUGUCAGAUGAAAUAGCUAUUGAAACAAGAAAAAUAUUAGCAGUUCAAGAUCUUGUUUACAUAUUACCAACACUUUUAAAUCCCAAAAGUUUAGGAGAAGUAAAGUUGCGAAGUGCAGACCCGAAAAGAAAAAGUGAAAAUAAUUUCUAA